UCCAACUCUUUUUUUAAUGUGAUGUCGUGACUUGUAAAAUUAGAGAUGCUCUCGCGUCCCAAUUCUUCGCGUUCUCUGCUUCCUUUGACAGUCACGAAUAACAAACAGACCGUCGUUCUCCAACUUCUUACAGAAAGCCCUACAAAAGGUUUUGGUUCUGAAUUCUGAUGGUGGUAGGAUCAUCAGCUACGAAGCAAGGCCUGCCUUCAUUUGGAGCAUCUGCAGCUACCAGAAAUGCGAUCGACAUGGACAGGAGCUCCCCCCCUGCUUCUGUAGCGACGCCGAAUGAUGAAGCUCGGCAGUCUCACAACGCCAAGUCCGUUGCGGAAGUGAAUUUAGGUUUCACAGAGAGAGCAAUUUCCGCUGCCGGAGCUGCCGUUCUCUCCGCAAUCCUCGUUAACCCUCUUGAUGUCGCCAAGACAAGGUUGCAAGCUCAGGCUGCUGGUGUCCCUUAUGAGGGUAUUGGUAGGAUGGAGUCUCAUGGAGCACAUACUAAAUGGGAUAUGAAAUGCAACUGCAGCACAAAUGCAAUUUUUGGCACUGAGCCUGCAUGCUCUUCAGAUUCUGCUCGGUACAAAGGGACUGUGGAUGUCCUCUCCAAAGUGAUACGCCAAGAAGGAUUUACUAGAUUGUGGAGAGGCACGAUUGCAAGUUUGGCGUUGGCAGUCCCUUCUGUGGGGAUCUAUUUGCCUUUAUAUGACAUUUUCCGAAAUUCUCUUGAAGAGUAUGCUUUGCACAGUGCCCCAAUAGUUUCUCCAUAUAUACCCUUAGUUGCGGGUUCAUUGGCAAGGUCAAUAGCAUGUAUCACUUGCUACCCAGUUGAGCUUGCAAAAACGCGGAUGCAAGCUUUCAGGGAUACCCCAAAUACUGUGAAGCCCCCAGGAGUGUGGAAGACAUUGUUUGGGAUCAUUUCUUCUGUCCGAAGUGCGAAUGGGCAUCAACACUCAAUUCAAGUGUACCGGCCAUUGUGGACAGGACUAGGGGCACAACUUGCUCGGGAUGUCCCUUUCUCUGCAAUCUGCUGGUCAACUCUUGAGCCAACUAGGAGAAAAGUGCUGGGUGUGAUGAAUGAAGAAAGGAGUGGAGGCAGUAUAAUGGGCGCAAACUUCAGUGCCGGUUUCAUUGCAGGGAGCCUUGCUGCUGCUGCUACAUGUCCUUUAGAUGUGGCAAGGACCCGUAGGCAAAUAGAGAAUGAUCCUAAGAGAGUGCUGGAGAUGACAACUAGAAGAACAUUAAUUGAAAUCUGGAGGGAUGGGGGCAUGAGAGGAUUGUUCACAGGAGUUGGGCCAAGAGUUGCGCGAGCUGGGCCAUCAGUCGGAAUAGUUGUUUCCUUCUACGAGGUUGUGAAGUACACAUUGCAUAACAGUCGUCAAAUCUACAAGCGUUCCUUGCUUGCCAUAUGUGAUAUGCCGCGGCGCAGAAAGCAAGUCGGACAGCUUUCGCCUUCAAGGUUGAGCCUUUGUACUUCUUGAGUAUCCAUUUGACCGAGCUAUGCAGGAUGGUCAUCUCCAUAUCCUACACGUAAAUGGACAAAGAAAAAAGAGGUGUGGUGUUGUCUCCAAGUCACCGUUGCAAAGGUCACAUCUAUUAACAAUAUGCAUAUAAGUAACGUAACCCUUAGCUUUAUGCACCGUAGCAAUCCUAUCAUGCGUUGACUAACCCCUCUCUUGUGCACGAUGAGCAAUUAACACCAAUCACCAAUGUCUUUCACUUGCUAAUUUGAGACGCUAAUCUACGAGUUGUUUAAAUAUUCGUGUCAUAGAAUGAUAGAAUGAAAUAAGAAUAAGUAAUUUUCGUUCGGUGUAACUGUAACACUUUUAAAUAUGAGUGAAUUCGGUUCUGUUUCAGAACCUAACAGGGAAAAGCACUGAACAGGCGCUAAAUUCAGUUUUGA